UGGAGUUUUAAGGAAUACAAUAAUACAAUAUACAUCUCUACCUUUUAAAGGCUAUUGAAUGGCUUUUGUGGAGAAACCUGCGAAAUAAAGGAGCCUCGGAAGAAGAGAUUUCUUUUUCUCCUCCUCUCUGGAUAUAAUGGCCAUUGCAAAGCAAAGCAUCUUGAGAUUUGGCUUCCAGUGUGCCUUCCUCGCAGUUUUUACCCUCACCUGCGAUGGUCACGGGGGGAAGAGGGAGAACGGUGGCCCUGCCUGCUACGGAGGAUUCGAUUUGUAUUUCAUCCUGGACAAGUCAGGCAGCGUCCUGCACCACUGGAACGAGAUCUAUCACUUUGUGGAGCACCUGGCCCGCAAGUUCAUCAGCCCUCAGCUGAGGAUGUCCUUCAUUGUUUUUUCAACCAGAGGGACAAUUCUAAUGAGGUUAACAGAAGACAGGGAGCAGAUCCGCCAGGGCCUGGAGGAGCUGCAGAAGGUGCUGCCAGGAGGGGACACGUACAUGCACGAAGGAUUUGAGAGGGCAAGUGAACAGAUUUACUACGAGAAUGUUCACGGUUACAGAACUGCCAGUGUCAUCAUUGCCUUGACAGAUGGAGAGCUCCACGAGGAUCUAUUUUUCUACUCUGAGAGGGAGGCCAACCGCUCUCGGGACCUGGGGGCCACCGUGUACUGUGUGGGGGUGAAGGACUUCAAUGAGACCCAGCUGGCCCGGAUUGCUGACAGCAGAGAUCAUGUCUUCCCUGUCAACGAUGGCUUUGAGGCCCUGCAGGGCAUCAUAGACUCUAUUUUGAAGAAGUCCUGCAUAGAGAUCCUGGCAGCAGAGCCCUCCAGCAUCUGUGCAGGGGAGUCCUUCCAGGUGGUGGUGAGGGGGAAUGGCUUUCGCCACGCCCGCAACGUGGACCGGGUGCUCUGCAGCUUCAGGAUCAACGACACGCUCACCCUCAAUGAGAAGCCUUUCGUGGUGGAGGACACCUACCUGCUGUGCCCAGCACCUGUGCUCAGGGAAGUUGGCAUGGAAGCAGCUCUUCAAGUCAGCAUGAACGAUGGGCUGAGCUUCAUCUCCAGCUCUGUCAUCAUCUCCAGCACGCACUGUUCCGACGGGACCAUCCUGGCCAUCGCCUUGCUGAUCCUCUUCCUCCUGCUGGCCUUGGCUCUGCUCUGGUGGUUCUGGCCCCUCUGCUGCACCGUGAUCAUCAAGGAGCCUCCCCCACCUCCUGCAGAAGACAGCGAGGAGGAAGAUGAUGAUGGGCUGCCAAAGAAGAAGUGGCCAACAGUGGAUGCCUCUUACUACGGAGGGCGAGGAGUGGGCGGCAUCAAACGGAUGGAGGUGCGCUGGGGGGAAAAGGGCUCCACGGAGGAAGGUGCCAAGCUGGAGAAGGCCAAGAACGCCAGGGUGAAGAUGCCAGAGCAGGAGUACGAGUUCCCUGAGCCCAGGAACCUGGGCAGCAGCAUGCGCCGGCCCUCGUCCCCUCGCAGGUGGUACUCCCCCAUCAAGGGGAAGCUGGAUGCCCUCUGGGUCCUGCUGAGGAAGGGCUACGACCGCGUGUCCGUGAUGCGUCCCCAGCCCGGAGACAAGGGCCGCUGCAUCAACUUCACGCGGGUGAAGAACGCGGAGACCCCCCCCAAAUACCCCCUGAACAACUCCUACCCCUCGGCCCCGCCCCCGGCGCCCAUCUACACCCCCCCUCCGGCCCCUUCUGGAACCUUCUCCCCUCUCUCCUCCGGCUGA